AGAAGAAAAGCGCGGCUGGCUGUUAUGGUCCUCCAGAGCUUCCGUAGCUGCAGUGAUGAUGUUGCUGCUGGGGGUUCUGCUCAGCCUGGUUCUGCUCGCUGCAUUGCUGCUGCUUCGCCUUUACCUGCUGCUCAGCCGGGGAUCCAGGCAGCCCUUCGGAACCGGAGCUCAUGUUGCUGUUCUGGUCGUUGCUGGAUCAGGUGGUCACACCACAGAGAUCCUGCGGCUGAUGGACAGCCUGUCCUCUGUCUACACACCUCGGCAUUACGUCAUCGCUGACACCGAUAGGAUGAGUGAGGACAAAAUAGUGUCCUUUGAGAGCUCCAGAGGACGUGCCCCGUCUGACCUCCAGUUCUCCAUUCAUCGGGUCCCGAGGAGCCGCGAGGUCCACCAGUCCUGGAGCUCCUCUGCUGUCAGCACCCUGAACGCUCUGAGGUUCUGCCUCCCUUUGGUGUUUCGACUCAGACCCGAUAUGGUCCUGUGUAACGGCCCAGGAACCUGCGUUCCUCUGUGUGGAGCGGCUCUGCUGCUGGGAAUCCUGGGAGUGAAAAAAGUCCACAUCGUCUACGUGGAGAGCAUCUGUCGAGUGCAGACGCUGUCCCUGACUGGAAGGAUCCUCUACCGCCUGGCUGACUUCUUCUUUGUGCAGUGGUCCUAUCUGAGGGACAAAUACCCCAAUGCCAUUUUCCUGGGAAGACUGGUCUGACCUGGACUUGGACUGGACUAGUUUAACAGAACCUGGACUCAUUUAAUCUAAUUUCCUAUUAAAACAUGAACUAUGA